ACAGGUCCAUGUUUAAAAUGCAGUGGGUUGUCAUUCUCGCCUGUUAAAUUUAUGAGUGGUUUCUGUUACAAUACGCAGAGUCAUAGUCAGGGAUUAGUUAACUCAGGCCGGACUGUCCACUGCUUGCCUACAGAAGUCAGUUCACUGCAUGCCCUAUAGGGAAAAUCCAAAGGUGACACGAGAAAAGAAGAAACCCAUUGAGCCAGCUUUACAUUUUCCGGAACUGAAGGUACAAAAUCAACAGUAUUCAGGAUAUACAAACAUUUUCAUGAAACGUCGGGAUAGAAAGGACCACCCCUCUGGCCUGGAUAGCUACUUCCUCCAACGAGUGUGCCCAAAUAUUUCUUCCUCUUUCUACAAUAUUGAUUUAAACUUCGGAGUUCAGCUCAAGGCGACAAGCGGGAUUUCAUUAAAUUCAGGCCUCGUAGAUUGUACCAAAGUGUCGGAGUGUUUUGAUGUAGAAAAUUAGGCUGUCAAGUUAAGGGCUAGGGAAGGGAAACUGUCAACUCGUGUACUAUUGACAUGCUUUUCUUCGUAACCCGAUAUUUCGAGCCAUGUUUACCUGAAGGGUCAGGUGAACCCAAACAACAUGUGAUGAAAUGACUAUUCCGAUAAAUGUAUUUCUACACACAGUGAUCGGUGAGACCAAGCAGGCGAUAGCAGCGGACAACCAGACGUGGUUCAAGAGGAUGUCUUCUACAGACUUCAGUGCCACAACAGUCAGUAUGAACGUUACGAACAACACAACUCUAAACUCUACAGCCAUGGACACUGACAGUAAAAGUAAAGGGUACGUGGGGAUGAUCAUCGCUAUGUUUCUCCUCGCCCUCGUCUUCAACAUCUCUGCUCUCAUCAUGAUCGUCAGGUCCACCAAGUCUCACAAAUGGAGCGCCUUCUACCGACUAAUGGUCUCACUCAACAUCACGGACUUGGUCGGGAGUGUGACUUGUUUUCCCGUACUUUUGGCUACCUACGCCAACAACGUGCAAUGGCAGGGAGGUCAGCCGGUGUGUGAUUACACCGGGUACAUGAUCAGUUUCGUUUUUUUGUCGUCUGCUUCGAUCAUUGGCGCCAUGUCGACGGAGAGAUUCGUUGGGGUAUGGUUUCCAUUCUUUUAUAACAAGAGUGGAGCCAAAGAGAGGAGGACCAACAUCAUUUUGGGGGGUAUUUGGACCACCACGGCCUGCAUCGCUCUCCUCCCCAUCAUAGGGUUUGGCGAGUACGUUCUUCAAUACCCGGGGACAUGGUGCUUCUACAAUUUUAGAGCCAAGAAUUUGGCGGACAAAGUCUAUGCUUAUCUGUACUCUGUAAUAUGGAUUUUGAUCAUUUUUUGUACUGUUCUAUUCAAUCUGUUAGUCAUUGUCAAAUUAGUCAUGCGCCGUGUUAGUGCCAGCGACAAGAAAAAACAAAACAGUAAAGCCAAGAGGAACGAGAUUUACUCCAUCGUACUCCUGGUGGUCAUCGUCAUAGUAACGGCAACAUGCGGGGUCCCCCUAGCGAUCCGCGCCAUCGUCAAUGAGAGUGGAUCCGAGAAGAACAACAAUGCGGACCUCCACGCCAGCAGAAUGGCGACCUUCAACAUGAUUCUGGAUCCGCUCGUUUACAUCUUCUUCCGCAGAGAAAACCUGGAAUGGCUGUUCCGCUUUAUCCGGAAAAAGCGCGGGAAAUCUAGCAAACCGUCGGAGGAGAGCAGUUCCGCCAGCGCCAAAACGGACGAGACGAAUCGGUCGGCGACCAACCUAGAGAAAAUCCAGCCCGAGUUCAGCGGGGCGGUGACCACGUGAUUGACUUGUUGUAUUCAUCCGAAUGUACUUAGUGAAAUCCAGAGAGAGGAUUCAUAGCGAGCAGUGAUAAGUUAUCAUGUCAUGUGAAGCUGUCCAGUGUACCCCGAAACCAACCGAGAAAAACAUGCCAGCGGGCAAAGCGCACCUUGGGACAGAAAACUGGUAUCCCCGGGGAUACUUGACUCUCUAAACAGUGGCAUGUAUCACCAAUAUUGCGGGUCCUUCGUCCUAAUUAAUAUGUUCUCUUGCAAUCAUGCAGAUAGUCACUCCGCAGAAUGAUGUUUGAUUUUACAAUUGAAAACUUACCAAGAUUCAGUCAUCUUGAAUAUUAUUUUUCGUAAAAAUGCUGGUUGUUUAAUGUAUGUUUAUCAAUGAAAAAUUGGCUUUUUUAAAAUUUGUUACUGAAAGCGGUUACUUGUAUCGUACUUUGUGUGUUGUUUUUUACGAAAUGCAGUCAACUACUUACUUACUGGUUUUGAUUUCCCAAAACUUCUCUCUUCCUUCACUUAGAGAGAGAGAGAGAGAGAGAGAGAGAGAGAAUUAUAUUAUGAUAUUAAGACAUAUUGACUUUUAUCUAUGUUCCUGACCCAUUUACUUAGGUGCCAUAUUCCUCAGAUUAUUCCACUGUGUCUAAGAGAGGUGUUAACAUGAAUACCUUUAUCGCCAUUAUUUGCCUAGGAUUUGUUUGCCACGUGACCUGCCAGGCUGAGUGUGACUCUGACCAUCCCUGUCCGAACUUCUGUCCCAAUCACUACCACGAGCAAUGCGUCAAUAAGGUCUGCACGUGCCCUGAUCACGCCUGCAAAACCACGUCACAGUGCCCCUCUGGUCACAUGAUCGGGUGUCCACCUGGCCAGGCAACCUGUACGGACGGUCACUGCUACUGUAACAGACACUGAUCGAUUUAUUAGAAAAUACAUUACAUAUAUCAUGUGGA